AUGAUCUUAGGCUUUCCUGAGGAUUACAAAAAGAUUAUUUUAAAUGCUCGCCAUGAACUGAUACUGAUUCGUAGCAGGCAAGAUAUUAACUGUAUUGUCUCAGAUAAAGCAGAUACUAAAUCAAAAAUUGUGUUGGAAAAAGUUCACUGGGAAAUGCCGCAUGUUCAGGUGUCUGAAAAGCAACAAAUAUCACUGUGGAAUAUCUUAAAAAAUGAUAUCACUUUGACUCUACCUUUUCGUCACUGGGAUUUGGUUGAAAGCAUUGCGCCAGAAAUUAACUCAUGGACAUGGCAAAUUAAAUUUAAUACAGCUCUUGAAACAGCAAGGUAUUUAAUAUUGGCUUUUCAGUCAAACAGAAAUUUGAUUACUGCUGACUCUAGUGUAUUCGACAAAAUAAACAUAUCAAACUUGAAGGUGUAUUUAAAUUCUUCUAAAUUCCCAGAGGAGAAUUUUGCUGUUGAUUUUGACACGAAGAAUACUGCACAGGCGUUUGAAAUGUAUGCCAAUUUUCAAUCGCUGUAUUAUGGACAUAGCAGUGUAAGAAGAGGGAACCCUCUCAUGAACCGUACUGAAUUUCAGAACUGUCCUAUAUUUUUCAUCGAUUGUUCUCAUCAAGACGAAACACUGAAAUCUUCGGUCGUUGACAUGAAGAUUGAAAUAGAAACAAAAGAAGCAUUUGCUAAAAAUACAAUAGCUUACUGCCUGGUCAUUCAUGAUUCAGUGAUUGAAAUGACUCCAUCAACCAAUCAAGUCACAAAGCGUACGCAGAUAUAG